CUCCUUGCCUCUUACUUGCGUCCUCCAGGGCCACUAUCGAUAACGACUACGAAGAGAGAUGGCGAAGGUUCCACGAAACUUCAGGCUGCUUGAAGAGCUCGAGAAGGGUGAAAAAGGGAUUGGGGACGGAUCUUGUUCUUAUGGACUGGAAGAUGGAGACGAUAUCAUGAUGAGCAACUGGACGGGCACAAUCAUUGGUCCAGGCCAUACCGUUCACGAAAAUCGAAUCUACAGCCUGAAGAUUACCUGUGGCGAUAACUAUCCCGAUGCCCCACCCAAAGUCAAGUUUCUUUCACGCGUCAACUUACCUUGCGUGAAUCAGACGAACGGGGAGGUCGACCCUCAAAAGCUACCAGUCCUCAAUGGGUGGAAUCGUAACAACAGUAUCGAAACGAUCCUCGUCGAAAUGCGAAAGGAAAUGGUUUCUCCCAACAACCGCAAACUGCCACAGCCGCCGGAAGGCUCGACAUUUUAGUCGUCUGCAUCACAUCAGGGCAUACGUUGGAACAAAUCGUACAACUCGACAUCAUAUCCCAAUCAUUGGCAUUGUUUUCUCGUUUGCUUUACUAUCGCAUUUGCACUAUAUUGAUGUUUGUAAGCCGUCCGCGUAGGAGUACUUGAACGCGCGAAUGAACCGUUUCCAUUUUU